GAAAACAAGACAAGUAAAUACCAAAACCGCCAAUCAUUUGAACGGUUAAAAAUAAUUAUUACAUAGUCUCUCUCUCUCUCUCUCUCUCUCUCUCUCUCUCUCUCUCUCUCUUUCUCUCUCUCUGAAAAUCAAUCCUGAGAAGGGAGAAGAAAAUUUGAACACAGGGAAUUAAGCACUCUCCCUCAGCAUUAUUAUUAUUUAUCCAUUAUUAAUUAAUUGUUGAACGAAGAAGACAUAAUGGAGUGCAGGCCAUUGGGUUUCUUGAUAGGUCUUCCGUUCGCCUUCAUCUCGUUGCUUUUAUCCCUCGUCGGCGUUAUUAUAUGGCUUAUCGGGAGCGUCUUAAGCUGUUUAUGCCCGUGUUGCAUAUGCUGCGCCGGAGUGGCGAAUUUGGCGGUAACAAUGGUGGAGAUCCCUUUCAAGGUUAUCAGAUGGUUCAUUGAUUUGAUACCUUGCUGAUUAUC